GUUUACAAAUAUGCCCAACUUACCAACUUUACUGUUGAAUGUGUUUUGCCUCUAAACAUGGCUUGUUAUUUUAUUUUAAGUUUACAAACUUAAGUUUUCUUUUUAAGUUCAAUGAAAAGAUUUUUGUGUUUUUCUUUUUUUGGCUUUGUUUUCUGCUUUGUUUAACUAUAUUUUCUAUUUGUUUGUGGAUUAGUAGAAUACAAACUCGAAGACGUUAUUUUCACAGACUUUUGAAUAUUUAUCAAAAUCGAAAAGGAUCCUCGACAUUAAACCAAUUUUCUGAAGAUAAUGGGAAAGCACCUUUAAUCUCCUCAGAUAUUCCAUUCAAAAAUAAUUCUGUUGAUUUGGAUUAUGGUGGUGAUUUAAGGAUUGUUUUAGGGUUAAUUCAAGAUCAGACUGGGCUAUUGUUUUGUGCUCAUAUAUUUCAUGAAAUUUGUAAAGUUGUAAGUUUAUUUGUUUGGUAA